GGGGGGGGGGUGUUUUUCUGUGUCCUUGGGUGAAAACCACAGCUAUUUCUAUCUUCCGCGGGGUUAGCAUACAAACAUCAGACUGCUCACCAAAGAGGUCUUUACUUCUUGCUCAACCCAGUCUGGGGCUCCUCUGACUGCUGCGUCGUGUUCCUCAGGAUGGAGGCGAUUCCAAAACUUGUCGCCGGAUUUCUUCUGCUGACCUUAUGCGUGGUUGGCUGCUCCAGCCAACACUGGUCCUACGGCCUGCGCCCUGGGGGGAAGAGAAGUACUGAGAAUCUGAUUGAUGCUUUCCAAGAGAUAGCCAAAGAGGUUGAUCAACCCGCAGAACGUCCGCGCUUCGAAUGCACCAUCCACCAGCCCCGUUCUCCCCUCAAGGACCUGCGAGGAGUUCUGGAAAGUCUGACUGAAGAGGAAACUGGGCAGAAGAAGAUUUAAACCCACUGAGUCAAAAGGAUUGUCAACACAAGUAUAAUUCUGACACUGCAAUUUGUGAC